AUGAUGCAGUCUGCUGCUAUUUUUGAAAAUCUUCCUUACUACACUAACAGAAAUGGAAAAGGCAAUGGUAUGCAGAUAGGAAAUAACUUCAUGUUUAAGCAACACUAUCCAUUGGUGAAGAACAUUACCUUAUCUGCUUUAUAUUCGGAAAAUGAUACGGAUCAGAGCCCUUUAAAGAGCAAUCCUGCCACCAUCAUCAACCUCGAAAAAGAGAGUAAUGAUGAGAAGAUCAAGUGCGACUUGUUUGAGGGGAAAUGGAUACCGGACCUCAACGGGCCAAUGUAUACGAAUUGGAGUUGUUCAUUGAUACCAGAUUCAAGGAAUUGCCCAAAGUUUGGAAGGGAAAAUGUUGAUUACAUGAACUGGAGAUGGAUGCCAAAUGAAUGUGAGCUACCAAGAUUCGAUGCUAAAACGUUCUUAUCGAUAGUUCGAGGCAGAAAGUUAGCAUUUAUCGGCGAUUCCCUUGCUAGAAACCAAAUGGAUUCACUUCUUUGUCUAUUAUCUCAAGAUGAAACUCCAGAGGAUGUCUACACAGACGAUUUGGAUAGGUACCGAACAUUUUACUUUCCAUCUCAUGAUUUCACUCUCAUGACAACACACUUGACAUUUUCAGCAGCAAAAAAAGUUAAUGGUUCAAAGACUGCAAUGUUCGAUAUACACCUCGACAGGAUCGACGAUAACUGGGCUCAGAAAUUACCUACUCUGGAUUACGCUAUCAUUUCUAUAGGUCAAUGGUUUAACCGGAAAAACUACUUAUAUGAAGGCGGGAAAGUAAUAGGCUGCAUAUAUUGCGACGAACCAGACGUGCCUAAUCUAGGAUUUCCUUUCGCCGUAGGCAAAGCACUAGAAUACAUCAGUGACUGUAAGGAGUGCAAGGCGUUAUUCACUUUGGCGCGGACAUUUUCGCCUGCACAUUUCGAGUAUGGGACUUGGAAUGAAGGAGGGAAAUGUAAUAGAACGAGCCCUUACACUGAAAAACAAGUUGAGUAUGACUUUCAAUUGGAAGUAAGGAAGUCUCAAGUAAAGGCAUUUGAGAAGAUUAAGAAGAGAAGAGGUGGAAAGAGAUUUGAGAUUUUAGAUGUAACUAGGGCCAUGUUGAUGAGACCUGAUGGACAUCCAGAUAUCAAUUGGUACCAUCAGUAUCUGCAGGGUCAUACUGAUUGUAUUCAUUGGUGUCUGCCCGGACCUGUCGACCUAUGGAAUGAACUAUUAUUGGCUGUGCUGCAGAGCAAAGAUUGUAAUGUUUGGGAUUCAUUGCAAUGA